AGUGUGCACGAAGAUAGCGACGACCUUUUUUUUUUUAAUCUUUUUGUCUUCUAUCUCUGGUUCCAAAAAAUAUCGUAGUUCUUGUCCUCUAUAUAAAUAUACAUCCAAACGCUCCCUGCACUUCUCAAUUGCAAAUUUUCUUCCCCAAAUCGUAGAUCUACGAUAGCACCUUUCACCCGAGGCUAAACUGGUGUAGGUAAGAUGGGAGGUGGAUUUAGGGUGCUUCACUUAGUUAGGCCGUUUCUAUCGUUUCUCCCCGAGGUUCAAACUGCUGAUAGGAAAGUGCCAUUUAGAGAAAAGGUCAUAUAUACUGUGAUCUCUCUCUUCAUUUUCCUGGUUUGUAGUCAGCUUCCUCUAUAUGGGAUUCACUCAACAACAGGUGCGGAUCCAUUCUAUUGGAUGCGUGUUAUUCUCGCUUCAAACCGUGGAACUGUCAUGGAGCUUGGAAUCACUCCCAUUGUAACUUCUGGGCUGGUGAUGCAACUUCUGGCUGGGUCGAAGAUUAUUGAAGUGGAUAACAAUGUACGGGAGGAUCGAGCACUAUUAAACGGAGCGCAGAAGCUUCUUGGUAUUUUGAUAGCUGUUGGUGAGGCUGUUGCCUAUGUUCUUUCAGGGAUGUAUGGUAGUGUGGGACAACUUGGAGUAGGCAAUGCCAUCCUCAUCAUCAUCCAACUCUGUUUUGCGGGUAUAAUUGUGAUUUGUCUAGACGAGCUUCUCCAAAAAGGAUAUGGUCUGGGGUCUGGAAUUUCCCUAUUCAUAGCAACUAAUAUCUGUGAAAAUAUUAUAUGGAAGGCAUUUAGCCCCACCACCAUUAAUAGUGGACGUGGAGCUGAAUUUGAAGGUGCUGUUAUUGCUCUGUUCCAUUUGUUGAUAACAAGAACAGACAAGGUCCGGGCUCUCCGCGAGGCUUUUUACCGGCAGAAUCUUCCAAAUGUGACAAAUUUGCUUGCUACAGUCUUGAUCUUCCUAAUUGUAAUAUACUUCCAAGGUUUCCGUGUAGUCUUGCCUGUAAGGUCCAAGAAUGCUCGUGGACAGCAGGGUUCAUACCCAAUCAAACUGUUUUAUACCUCCAACAUGCCCAUCAUUCUUCAGUCUGCUCUCGUUUCCAAUCUCUACUUCAUCUCCCAGCUGCUCCAUCGUAAGUACAGUGGAAACUUCUUUGUAGAUCUAUUGGGAAAAUGGAAGGAAUCUGAGUAUGGAGGUGGUCAGUCUGUACCUGUUGGGGGUAUUGCGUACUAUAUCACCGCACCAUCCAGCUUAGCUGAUAUGGCGGCCAAUCCCUUCCAUGCCCUGUUCUAUCUUGUGUUUAUGCUUUCAGCCUGCGCCUUAUUCUCCAAAACAUGGAUUGAAGUCUCUGGUUCAUCUGCUAGAGAUGUUGCCAAGCAGCUGAAGGAACAACAAAUGGUAAUGCCUGGACACCGUGAGUCAAACUUGCAGAAAGAACUGAAUCGAUACAUUCCCACUGCUGCAGCAUUUGGAGGCAUGUGUAUCGGUGCCUUGACAGUGUUGGCAGAUUUUAUGGGCGCCAUUGGUUCAGGAACUGGAAUAUUGCUUGCAGUAACGAUCAUCUAUCAGUACUUUGAGACAUUUGAGAAGGAGAGAGCAAGUGAGCUUGGAUUCUUUGGUUUCUAAGUUUUGCUAAGGGAAUUAUGUUGGUGACUUCUCUGAGUUUUCCCACACCCUUCUUCGAGGGUUCAUUAUACUUCUUAGGACGGUUAACCUGCAAGGGAGGACAUAGACUAGUUUAUUAUUAUUUUUUGUUUUUCUUUUUUUUCCCCUCUUUCUUUCAACUGAGGAAUUAUGAAGUAGUAAAUCGUUGUUAACAUUUUUGCGUUUCCUUGAAAUAUACUUGUCUUUAUCAUUCAAUCUAUAUUAAUGUCUGACUCCAA